AUGACUGCAGGAGAAAACCCUUUUGCAUCUUACACCUCUUCUCUGCAAAACCAGCUUAAAGAAAAGGACAAGGAGCUUUUGGCUGCCAAAGCUGAAAUAGAGGCUUUGAGAACAAAUGAAGAGCUCAAAAACAGAGCAUUUGGGGAGGAGGUGGAGAUGAAGAAGCUGGAAGAAGAGAAAGAAGAUGCAUUGGCGGCACAAGACGCUGCAGAAGAAGCUCUGAGGAGGGUUUACACUCACCAACAGGACGAUGACUCUCUACCCCUUGAGUCCAUCAUAGCGCCUCUUGAAGCUCAGAUUAAGUUUCACAAGCAUGAGAUUUCUGCGCUUCAAGAGGACAACAAAGCGUUGGAACGUCUGACAAAAUCAAAAGAAUCAGCUCUUCUUGAAGCAGAGAGAAUCUUGACAAGUGCACUUGAGCGUGCUUUGAUCGUUGAGGAGGUCCAGAACCACAACUUUGAACUCCGAAGACAGAUUGAGAUCUGCCAGGAGGAGAACAAGUUUCUUGAGAAAAUCAACCGCCAGAAAGUGUUGGAGAUAGAGAAGCUCUCUCAAACCAUUGGAGAAUUGGAGGAAGCAAUAUUAGCAGGAGGAACAGCCGCAAAUGCAGUCCGAGACUAUCGCCGUCAAAUCUCCCAGCUCAAUGAAGAGAAGAGAACCUUGGAGAGAGAGCUGGCCAGAGUCAAAGUGUCAGCAAGUAGAGUGGCUCUUGCUGUUGCUAACGAGUGGAAAGAUGAGAACGAUAGAGUAAUGCCUGUAAAGCAGUGGCUUGAAGAGAGAAGGCUUCUCCAUGGAGAAAUGCAGAAGUUGAAAGAUAAACUUGCUGUUUCAGAGAGAACCGCUAAGGCUGAAACACAGCUAAAGGAGAGGAUGAAGCUGAGGUUAAAAACAAUAGAAGAUGGCCUGAAGGGACCAAACACGUUUUCUGUCUCUACAACAACUACAAAGACUGAAAAAUCUGGCAAGAUCUUAGGAUUCUUGACGAGUGGUGGUGGAUCAAAGAAAAGGUCUACUUCUCAGCCACGAGGCUCAGUUACAGGCAGAAUCCAUGCUCUCAAUAGAGUUGCAGAAAGUGAUGAAAAAGAGAACUCAAAGGUUACAGCAAACGGAUUAGUUGAUGAGCAUGAAGAAGAUGACAAAAGGAAAGCUGAGGAAGAUGGUAAUGUAGAUUCUGAAGAUAUGGUUUCAGGGUUUUUGUAUGACAGGCUUCAGAAGGAAGUAAUCGCACUAAGGAAGAUUUGUGAGAGUAAAGAGGGCACUAUAAAUGCCAAAAAUGAAGAAAUCAAGAUGUUGUUGAAGAAAGUGGACGCUCUAACGAAAGCCAUAGAAGUGGAGACAAAGAAGGCAAAGAGGGAAGCUGCAGCGAGAGAAAAGGAAAACGCAAUGGCAAUGUUGAAGGAAGAGUCAAAACAAUGUAGAAAGCCAAAGUUGCCGAGAAGCCGCCUACCCAACUCACGCUGA